AUGCCCAGGUUAGGUACCUCGUUGAAGAUGCUAGGGGUUGGAGCAGUGCUUUGCAUUGGUGGACCGGCACUCGUUCAAUAUCUCCGGCCGACAGAGGAGGAAUUAUUCAAGAGAUUUAACCCAGAACUCCAAAAACGGAACCUCGAAACGCGAGAAAAGAGGCAGCAGGACUUCGAUGACUUCGUCAUGCGACUGAAAUCGUACGCAAAGUCGGAUAAAUCUAUCUGGCUAGCCAUGAAGGACUCUGAAGCUACCAACAAGAAACAAGCGAAGCUGCAACGACAGGCUGAAAAGGAUGAGGCCGAAAGACAAAAGGAGCAGAUUAGAAAGGAGCUUGCGGAAGGGUCAUAA